UACUCCAACUCAUGCAAGUUAAAACAUAUGAACAGGAUAAGUAAAAAUAUUUCUUGGAUGAACAGUAUUUUUGCAGAUUUCAUGGUGAUGGAGAAGCUGGUGGUUUUGCUCCUCCUGGUCACUUGCGGUUCUACAAAGUCUGAAGAUCUUACGGGUAAAGCUUUUACUUUCCCAUCGGUAUCCGCUACUCGAUAUGCAACACUCACACCUGAUAUGGAGGGGCCAUUUUCAGCUGUGACACUCUGCCUGAGAUCCUUCCCUGACAACAGCAGAAUACAAACUCUCUUCUCCUUGGCCACACCAUCACACCAAAACGCCUUUUUGCUGUACAAACCAAAAAAAGGUAAUUAUCGAGUACAUGUCAAUGACUUGGCUCAUGACUUCUUUGAGAUGCCAGACAAUCAAAACGAAUGGAACUCUGUCUGCUGGACCUGGGACGGUAAAACUGGACUUACUCAAGUGUGGGUGAAUGGAAAACGCAGCAUAAGGGUGAAGAUCACCACCGACACAGUCCUAGCUGGAACUCCCAUCAUAAUCCUUGGCCAAGAUCAGGACACUUAUGGUGGGGGCUUUGACAAAAACCAGUGUUUUGUUGGAGACCUUACAGAUGUGCACAUGUGGAAUUAUGUUCUCGAUAUUUGUGAAAUCCAGAAUUACAUGAAUUACUUCACAUUUACACCAGGCAAUGUUCUGAAUUGGAAAGCACUAAAUUACAAAGUGAAUGAUGAAGUGCUUGUAGAACCAAACCAAUCAGGUGGCUGUAAUUAGCAAGCAUACACACUGUAAAGUGUGCAAAACAAAACAAAAAAAGUGCUAAUAAACAAAUACCUUGCUUUGAGGAUA